CGCCCCUAGGGAGGGAAAUACAGGUAGGUAUAUGAACGUCCCACGUCUCGGUUCGUUCUCUGCUGUCCUCUGUGAAUACCUACGUUCCAGUCCCUUGAAUCCUAGCUACCAACGACCGAGCCGACUUGCUAGAUAAGGUAAAAGGGAGAUAGAGAGAUAUACCUAUAGGUAUCUUGGCAUAGCGCCAAACUCGAGGACAUCAAGCAUGAAGCUGCUCAGUCUCCUGGCGCUCGCGGGCACCGCCCAAGCCCACUACCGGUUCUCGAAGCUGAUCGUGGGCGGGGUGGCGGAGGCGGCGGAGUGGACGGCGGUGCGGAUGACGAAGAACUACCAGAGCAACGCGGGGGUGACGGACGUGAACAGCGCGGACAUGCGGUGCUACCAGAUGCGGGCGGGCACGCACACGGCGACGGUAGCGGCGGGAAGCGUGCUCGGCUUCGUCGCCAACGCCGCCGUCACCCACUUCGGCCCCGUCCAGUUCUACAUGGCCCGCGCCCCCGACGGCGCCGACCUCAACACCUGGGACCCCGCCGGCAACGUCUGGUUCAAGGUCGCCAGCAUCAGCGCCGUGCCGCCCCUCGGCUCCGGCGAGAGCACCUGGCCGGCUUACAACAAGAAGGAGGUCUCGUUCACGAUCCCGAAGAGCGUGCCGAGCGGGAACUACCUGGUGCGCGUCGAGAGCAUCGCGCUGCACCAGGCGCAGUCGGUGGGCGGCGCGCAGAUCUACCUCUCGUGCGCGCAGGUGCAGGUCACGGGCGGCGGCGCCGGCAAGCCCGGCCCCCUCGUCGCGUUCCCCGGCGCCUACCGCGCCAACGACCCCGGCCUGCUCUGGAGCUACUACCCCAUCGCCACGUCGUACACGGCGCCCGGGCCCGCCGUGUGGCAGGGGUGAGCGGUGGGCAGGACCGGGAGAGAGCGAGGGUGUUUGGCAGCGGAGUGCGGGCUGGGCUGGGCCGGGCUGAGAGAGCGAGGUAGGGCGGAGGGGGGGAUAGGGAUGGGGACGAGGCCGUUGACGAAAGGACUGGGCUAU